CAAAACGAGUUGCUUUGACAAUCUAUUCAUCUCAGUGAUUAACCAAGAUGCCACUUAAAGUUGCAGGAAAGAAAGGCGAGAAGAAAGCCGGAAAGGCUAAGGCCGUCACUGAUGGAAAGAAGAAGAGGAGAGGAAAGAGAAAGGAAAGCUAUGCUAUCUACAUCUACAAGGUGUUGAAGCAAGUUCACCCUGACACUGGUAUCUCCAGCAAAGCCAUGGGCAUCAUGAACUCGUUCGUUAACGACAUCUUCGAGCGCAUCGCCACCGAAGCUUCCCGCCUUGCCCACUACAACAAGAAAUCGACCAUCAGCUCUCGCGAGAUCCAGACGGCCAUCAGGCUGCUUCUGCCCGGUGAACUGGCUAAACACGCCGUGAGUGAAGGAACCAAGGCAGUGACCAAGUACACCAGCAGCAAGUAAACUCACUUUGUGGGUUUCCCGCCAAAACCAACGGCUCCUUUAGGAGCCACCAAAUGUUAUGAAAGUCCAUGACCACUAAUAGUGCAUUAUUUAUUUCCAACUUAAAUGAUUCCUGCAUUAGCUGUCCCUCGUUUUUAAUGAAAAGAUUGAGCAGAUUUUCGCGCUCCAUCUAUGGUGUUUUCAUAUGUCGUUAAACUCAGGGUGACUGUUCUGAAACUUGGGGGGUGAAUUUAUGGAAGUUAUUCCUUUCACAGUUCGCUACAAUUUGGUCGGCAUUAUUAUUUUGAUAAAGAUAUCAUCUAGAGAAAGUCAUGGUCUCAGUUUAAAAUCUUACAAAUUCCCCAUUCCAAAUAUCAAGUGAAGCCGUUAAUUCCGUGGGUGACACGCGCGCCGAAAAAAAACACACCGUAGGGAAAUAUGCUGGAUCAGUUGUGAGGCACCGCACAGAAUGCAACUCCAGAGUUGUCGCGCGAAGAUAAGCGCUCUAGUUUCACUGUCAUUGUCAAAUUAGUGGAGGCAAUUUUUUAUAGUUUUCUGAUCGUAAUUUAAGCCUCGGGAUAUUUGAAGCAGUGGAACGAUGGAUGGGGUCACUUACACGCUCCAUGCUAGUUCUAACGGGCUUGCAUUGGGCUCGAUUUCCCCGAACACCCAAGAUAUAACCAAUUCUCCUCUCUGUCUUCAAUACAAAUGUUAUAAUUGUAGCUCUGAGAAUUUGGCGUUCAUUCAAACAAAAUGCCCUUGUUUAUAUAAUAUUUCUUUCUUCUCGUCACCUUUCUGGUUGAUAGCCGGUAGAUAGCUGGUAGAUUGGUAUUGUAAGGAAAAAUUACUGAUUAGUCACUCCCGCAUCUGAAAGGGUUUUAAAAAAUUAACAGUUGUAGUUGGACGAAAACAAAGAGAACAAGUUAAG